AUGGCGGCGGUGGAGGAGGAGAUCGCGGUGAAGGAGCCGCUGGAUCUGAUACGGCUCAGCCUCGACGAGCGCAUCUACGUCAAGCUCCGAUCGGACCGCGAGCUCCGCGGCAAGCUCCAUGCGUAUGAUCAACAUUUAAACAUGAUACUUGGAGAUGUGGAAGAGGUUGUGACAACUGUUGAGAUAGAUGAUGAAACAUAUGAAGAAAUUGUGCGCACCACAAAACGCACUAUCCCCUUCCUUUUUGUCCGAGAGUCCAGACCGGUGAAAUACCUGGAACUACACAAGUUCUGGAAAGCCAAGCUUCCAGACCGUCCUGUUUUUUUGCGAGGCUACCUUUGUUUCUUGCCAUCCUGGACAGGAGCACUUCUGUCCUUUGAUGCAACAACGGACAGGAGCAUUGACCAUGGAACUCUAACAAAAAGAGAAAUGCCUGAUCUUGACUGA